AUGUAUGCACAACAUUACAACGGGACCAUCUAUGAACAAAUACUUGGACUUCCUAUGAGAUCGCCGCUCUCACCACUUUUAGAAGACGUAUACAUGAACAAAAUAGAAGAGAAUUUCAAGAUGUCACCGCUACAACCAGCAGUUCUCAUGCGGUACCUGGAUGAUUACUUCACCUUUUGGUCACACGGAAGAGAAAAACUGGAAGAUUUUCUGAAGUUUAUAAACCAGAUUGAUGAACAAAUUAAAUUCAAGAUGGAAGUAGAGGAAGGUGAGCGGUUACCGUUCCUGGAUGUUGAAGUGAUUCGCUUUAAUGAGACGCUCAAGAAGAAAUUGUUCAGAAAGAAGUUUUGCGCCGGGAUGAUACGCAAUUGCCAGUCCCAUCACAAUUACAGACAACGGCUACCCAAGCGAAGUUAUACAAAGAAACAUACGGGCUGUGAAAAGCCUAUGACAGAACGGGGACUACGUAAGAACGUUAAGGACAGAGAAGGAUUCAUAAAAGUGGAUAUGUCUACCUUCUUUCGAACUAACGCGAAUACUACGGCCAAUACUAAGGAAAUGGUACACCCGGGUGUUCAUGAAGGAAAAAAACAGCACUCUUCACAAGUCUACCGACACAACAUGAAAGGGUGGACAAAUCGGAUUGUUCAGGAGUUUACUGCAUAUCAUGCGGUGCUUGUGAACAGAAAUAUAUUGGCGCAACACGGAGAAAAACUAGCAUACGAAUCAAGGAACAUCAAAGGCUCUGCAGGAAAAUGCAUACCGAAAGAUCAGAAUUAG